AUGUUGUCUAGGUUAACAACUAAUGCAAAGACUUUGUCAAGCGUGACCAAUCGAGUUGCCAAGUUGUCAACUUCAUUGAUGACAACUAGUCCAGUGCAAUCACGACACAACCAAAGUGGAUACCUCAACAUCAACAACAACAACUACAACAACCACUUAACACAACCUACCAGUAUUGUCCACAUAUCAAGUCGUUCAUACACAACUUCAUCAACAUCAACAACAACUACAUCAACAACAUCAACAUCAAUAACAACUAGCAAGAAUGAUGGUGAUGAUUUCCCAGACAGACUUGACCCAAAGUGGGACCAUCUCAGAUCAUUGGAGAGUCUAAAGGAGUUGGCUGACCGUGAGGUUAUAUUUGGGUCGGUUAACAACAUUGAGUUACCAGUGUUCCCAAAGGAGUACUUGCCCUAUGGUAUUGAUCCGAGUGAUCUGAAAGAUUGUGUCCUCACAAAAGAAAGAUAUGAGAUCAUAGCCAAAUUCUGGAACAACAUCAAGAUGGGAGAGAAGGAUGUCAAAGCCGACAUGACCUCGAUCAUGAAUGGUGGACCUGGCUCUGGCAAAUCGUUCACACUCUACCUUCUACUCUCCAUUGCCUAUGUGAAUGGUUGUUUCGUCUAUUUUAGUAGUGCCAAGGACUUUAUUAAAACAAGUGAAGAAGAUAGAUGUAAUCACUUUAUUGAUAAAUUGGUCAAGUUCAAUUCUGGACUGGCUGCAGAGAUACCUUUGGUCACUCCUUGGAUCAAGAGUUUAGAGGGCAACCCAUCCAACCUCAUGGAGUUGUUCGGAUGCGUGGAUCCGUCAUACAGGUCGAUGGACAAAAUAAUGAGGGAGAUUAAUCAAGUUACCAGCGUACCAAUCAUACUGGCUAUCGAUGACUACGAUUCAAUGGACAAGGUGGACAUUAAGAAAGAACCAUACAACAACAACAAGAGACCUCAAGAAUAUGAAAUUGAAGAAAGUGGCUACUUCUUCGAUUACUUCAAGAUCAAACGAGUGCCAGGUCAUCGAGUCAAUCUGUUGAUAUCCGGAUGCAAUGGACGUCAAAUGUCAGGAAGGUUGUAUCACCUGUACAACUUCAUGGAGCCAUUCAAAGUACAUCCCACCUUAUUGAUAUCCCACCCAAACCAUGCGUUCGACAAUGAGACGUACUUGAAGUUUAGUACCAAGCUGGAAGCCACUUUGCAUUGUGUCACCGGCGGCAACCCUGGCGAACUGAAGCUGCUCCAGAAAUGGUCCGAGAGACAUCCAGCCGGAAACCCAAAGGAGUAUGCAAUGGAAAGGAAGGGAUACUAUCUUAACUUACUGAAUGAGUACUGGAUCGAAUUGAAGGGGGAUGACCUAUCCUACAUAUACUUUCAAUUUCUGUUAUUCACAUACCUUCAUCGCCUCUUCAUCCCAGACUCAUUGGAAAACAUUCCCUCAAAUGGACCACCUCCCAUGAUGGUCAAUCGAGGAUUGGUGGUUCAGGAUGACAAAGGCAACUAUGUCCCAUCAUGUCUCGCCGCGCGCCAUGCCAUGUACCACUUCUACUUCUUUGAUCUCCCCACGAAGCACAAGUCCUACAAGAAGAAGUGA